AUGCCUGUUCCGCUCGCCAUCGCUGUACCGGCUGCAGUCGCAGCUUAUUCCUAUCUCAGCGCUCGAAUUUCCCUAUGGUAUGACAAACAGUUACUAUCCUAUGCGCUACCCGCCACUCUCUCAGCUAUGUGGCGCGAACAUACCGACCGACUGAACGGUUUCUAUGUCCUUGAGCGCGCUGCGUUAAACAAAUCCACGGCCAACCGCACGUUUAUCAUUUUUGAGGGCAAAACAUACACCUACCGGGAGACGUACGAUCAGGUCCUCAUGUAUGGCACCUGGCUGCGGGAGCGCUUCGGCGUCAAGCCCAAGGACAUCGUCGCCAUAAACUUCCAAAAUUCCGACGUCUUCAUUUUCUUAUGGCUCGGCCUUUGGUCAAUUGGCGCAAAGCCCGCCUUCAUCAACUACAACUUGACCGGCAAGCCGCUGGCACACUGCGCCAAGGCUGCCAAGACGAAGCUGAUGCUCAUAGAUCCCAAUGUCGUCGCCAAUGUUGGUGAAGACGUGAGGAGAGAGCUGGAUACCGUGCAGUUCGUCGUGUUAGAUGAUGCUUUGCACCGAGAAAUCAACGCUACUGAGCCCAGGCGUGCGCCGGAUUCUGACCGAUCCGAGAGCCAGUACCAGAACCUGGCCAUCCUCAUCUAUACGUCGGGAACGACUGGCAUGCCCAAGCCGGCCAUUGUGUCAUGGGGAAAGUGCAUCGUCGGGGGUGUUUUAACGUCAAGAUUCACCGGCAACUCUUCAACCGAGGUUUUCUACACCGCCAUGCCCCUGUACCACAGCUCUGCCGCCCUCCUGGGCUUUCUCAACGUCCUCGAGGCAAAUGGCGCUAUCUGUAUUGGACGAAAGUUCUCGACAAAAGUGUUCUGGGAGGAGGUUCGCUCGUCCGGGGCAACCAUCAUUCAGUACGUCGGCGAGACGUGUCGAUAUCUUCUGGCUGCACCACCCCAGAUCGACCCCCUCACCGGAGAAAACCUCGAUAAAAAGCACAGAGUACGGGUGGCUUUCGGCAAUGGGCUCAGGCCAGAUGUAUGGAACAAGUUCAAAGACAGAUUCGGAAUCGACACCAUUGCCGAGUUCUAUGCUGCAACCGAGGGUUCCUUUGGAACCUGGAACCUGAGCCGGAACGACUUUGCCAAGGGGGCCGUCGGAAGAAACGGCAUGCUCUACAGCCUCAUUCUGGGUUUUGACGUUGCGCUUGCUCAAAUGGACGAGAACAAUGAAGCACCACUACGAGACAAGAAAACCGGCAUGUGCAAGCCCGCCAAACCCGGGGAGCCAGGAGAACUCAUUUUCAGGCUCUCCCCCAACGAUCUCAACCGCCGAUUCCAGGGCUACUAUGGCAACCCCGAUGCGACAAAGGCCAAGAUUAUGCGCGACGUUUUCUCAAAGGGAGAUGCGUGGUUCAGGACAGGCGACGUGGUGCGAUGGGAUUGCGAAGGACGACUCUACUUCUCCGACCGUAUAGGUGACACCUUCCGCUGGAAGAGCGAGAACGUAUCGACACAAGAGGUUGGCGAGGCGGUAGGUUCGCAUCCGGCUGUCCAAGAAGCCAACGUAUACGGCGUGGAGCUGCCGAACCAUGACGGCCGUGCGGGAUGCGCCGCUGUGGUCCUGCACUGCAAGCCAUCGGAUGAGGUCAUGAAGAGCAUCGCGAAGCAUGUGAAGGAGUCGUUGCCCAAGUACGCUCUGCCCCUCUUCCUGCGCGUCAUACCUCCCCAUGCUAUGCAGAGAACCGGUACGAACAAGCAGCAAAAACACGACUUGCGGGCUCAAGGCGUUAAGCCAGGCAUCCCCGGCGAUGUGUAUUGGCUGAAGAACGACACAUAUGUUCCCUUCUCGAAACGGGACUGGGACGAGCUUAAUGGUGGACGGGUGAGGCUGUAA